AUGCAGGCAUUCCGCACCGCUGCUCGUCCCCUCGCCUUCUCGGCACGCGCCGUCGCCCGCCCCGCAGCGCUCCCCGUCCGCUACGCGCACUCGGCCGCCGAGUCGUACGACGACUUCAACGCUCGCUACGCCGACUUCUUCUUCAACGCCCAGGACCUCUUCGAGCUCCAGCGAGGAUUGAACAACUGCUUCAGUUACGACCUUGUUCCUAGCCAGCGCGUCGUCGAGGAGGCUCUUCGCGCGUGCCGCCGGGUGAACGACUUCUCAACUGCCGUCCGUGUCUACGAGGGCCUCAAGGAGAAGACCGAGAACGCGACGCAGUACAAGCAGUACGUCGACGAGACCAAGGCUCUCCGCGACGAGCUCGGCAUCCUCCUCAAGGAGGAACUCUACGGCUCCAAGUAA